CCCUUGCCAGUGAAUCUAUACUGGACAUGGCUCUAGAUUCCUUUGAUGAUCAGUAUAUCAACUGCACUCAAGAAAUGGAACGCGAGCUGGAUGCCCUGAAUCAGACUGAGUUCACCAACAAUGCUAUCUAUGCCAAGGCUUGGAAGGUUGCCACUGACAAAUGGGCAGAGGUCAGAAGAACACAACAGUUCCCUUGGCCCCCAGGCUUCCGGGAAGAGCACGCGGUGGCUAUUCUGGCCUACACUCUUGAAGAGCAACCUCUGUACGUGAAGUUCAAUAGUGCCGUGCGUGAGGCUGGCCGUUCACGGAACCACUACAUGCAGUCCUUCCACUUCAAGACCUUCCACUUCCUGCUGACCCGAGCAAUCUCCCUGCUGCAGGGGGAGCAGACCCCUAAAUGCCACAUGGUGUACCGGGGUGUGCUAGACAAGCGUUUCCAGGCCAAGACUGGGAAGACCAUUCGCUUUGGCUCCUUCACCUCCUCUUCCCUGAAUGAAGAAAGAGCCCUUGAGUUUGGCAGCGCCACUUUCUUCACCAUCCAGACCUGCCACGGGCCCAGAAUCAGACAAUUUUCCCAAUUUUACUAUGAAAAUGAGGUGCUCAUCCCCCCCUAUGAGAGUUUCCAAGUCAUCGACUCCAGAAGUGGGGCCCACAGCUCCAAUGAAAUCCACCUACGGUCCAUGAACAAGACCAGAACCUACAACUGCGAGUACAUUAAAGGAGCAGCAGCUACAGGAACCAAGGCCCUUCUCUGGCCACUGCUCCUGUUCUGGAGCACCUGGUUGGUGUUGAGCCCCUUGGGGCCUUUCUGAUACCCAAUCCAGAAGCAGCGGUCCCCAGCCCUGGAGGAAUCUGGAGCUGGCAUGCCCCUGGACUGACAAAUGAUGGACGGGAUCAAGCAUGAGCAGAAACCAGGAAGCAGGAGGCCCUCUUCCAGGCUGAGCAAGGGGGGCAGGAACAAGGGGCUCUGGGCCUGGAAGAGGGCAGACAGAAGGGGAAAGUAGGGGCGGGGAUGAGCAUGGUUGACAAGAUCACCAUUUCUCUGAUGGAGGGGAAGCAAUGUGCAAAGUGGAAAGAACACAGUCCUGGGAGUCAGAAAAUCUGAGUUCCAAUUCUGGCUCAUCGCUUA